GCGGGCUGAGGGAGGAGGGCGGCGACGGGCGAGCGGCGAGCGGCGCGGGACACAGAGCCUUUGCACUUUUCCCACCCGAGUGUCCCCUCCAUCCCCCUCCCCACUCCACACACCCUGUUUGCCCGUGAGCCUGGGGAACUUGCAGCUUAAAGCCAGCCACCCCCACGGCAGCAUGUACCCCAGCAACAAGAAGAAAAAGGUGUGGAGAGAGGAGAAAGAACGUUUGCUGAAGAUGACCUUAGAGGAGAGACGUAAAGAAUACAUAAGAGACUAUGUUCCUUUGAGCACCAUUCUAUCAUGGAAGGAGGAGAUGAAGAUCAAGGGCCAAAAUGAUGAAGAAAGUAAUCAGGAAACACCACAAAUGAAGAAAAGUUUGAGUGAAAAGGUUUCUCUCUAUAGAGGUGACAUCACGUUACUAGAGGUGGAUGCAAUAGUCAAUGCGGCAAAUGCCAGUCUUCUUGGAGGAGGUGGUGUGGAUGGCUGUAUUCACAGAGCAGCUGGCCCCUGUUUGUUAGCUGAGUGUCGGAACCUGAAUGGCUGUGAGACUGGACAUGCAAAAAUCACAUGCGGCUAUGACCUCCCAGCAAAGUAUGUCAUCCAUACUGUAGGGCCAAUAGCCAGAGGCCACAUUAAUGGUUCCCACAAAGAAGACCUUGCAAAUUGCUACCAAUCAUCCUUGAAGCUGGUGAAAGAAAAUAACCUCCGAUCAGUUGCAUUUCCCUGCAUUUCAACAGGCAUUUAUGGUUUUCCGAAUGAGCCUGCUGCAGUCAUUGCCCUAGAUACAAUUAAGGAAUGGCUGGCCAAGAAUCACCAGGAGGUGGACCGAAUCAUCUUCUGUGUCUUCCUAGAAGUUGACUUCAAAAUCUACAAAAAGAAAAUGAGCGAGUUCUUCCCUGUUGAUGAUAACAAUGAAGGAACAUCUGAUGCUGACAUGAAAGAAGAUGCAGAAGGGCUAGAGCCUAAAGGCCUUUCUCCACCCCACAAGAAGAGCAAAGCAAAGAAACCAGAAAGUUCAAAAGACUCCAGUGAAGAUGAGAGUGGUCCAGAGGAAAAACAAACUGCAGAGGAAAUGGAAGGGCAGAGCCAAGAAGCAGGUGGGCUCAGGUUUCUUUUGAGGAGUCUCCUAGGCCUCAUCCACAGAGAUGGUGUCAACACGGCCCCUGUGCCCAGUCCCGCUUCAGAAGACAUAGCUGAAGUCCGUAAAGAGGAAGAUUCUGCAAGGGAUGACAAUACUACAAAAGACAGUGAUGUUACCAGUCAUUCUGUAUGUGACCAAGAACUUCCCAAUGGACGAGAGAAUGACUCAACAAAGAGUGAAGUAAAAAUUGAGACAGAGUCCCCAAGCUCAUCUAUGGACACAGAAGAGCUUCCAUCAAACCAAGAAGAUGCCACGAUUGGGGAACAACCAGAAGUGAUGCCCCUGAUAGAUGACCAAGAAGAGCAGGAAGGUGGAGAAGGUGAGGAUGCACCUUCUGUGCUUGUGAAAAGCCAAUGUUCCAGCGACACUGAAACUACUACAGAUCCUGAUGUUGAAAUGAACAUACAGGUUGACAGUGUAAAUGAGCCAACAGAGUGUCAGCAAGAAGAUUUCCAAUAGGGCCACAAGAUGAAGCAAAGGAACAAAGAACUGAUGCUAAAUGACAACCCUCAGCAUUGCAAGGCCUGGCCCUGGGGAACUUGGGAAGAUGAUAAUGUGUGCUGUGGAAGAGAGGGUGGG